CCAGCUGAAGUGCUUAUUAAAUGGAUUCUUCUUCUUUUAAUUGUGUAGAAGUUACUUAAGAGUAGGUUUUAUUUGACUUUCAAUGCAAAAACAAACAAAUCCGCAGUAGCAAGGUUGACUUAUCUUCUCAUUAAUUAAUAUUAAUAUGAUUAGAACCGAGUUGCAACAUUGGUGUAGACUAAUAUUUAUUAUUCAUCAUUUUCUAGCCUUUUCUUGUUAGUAUUGAAAAUCAUUUUGGGGGACACUUUGCUUCUGUCUGGAUACCAAUAACAGGCUCCACAACAGGCUCCUGUGAUGCGGUACUGCAGCACUCGGGGCGGGGUCCAGGGCGCGGACUUCUGCGAUGUCCUCUUCUCGGGGUUCGCCCCGGACGGAGGGAUGUUCAUGCCAGAGAGCCUGCCCGUGCUGAGCCCUGACACCCUGCGCUCCUGGGCCACUCUGCAUUUCUCUCAGCUGGUGGUGGAGGUGGCCUCGCUGUUCAUCCCCACCCAGCUGAUGCCCCGAGACCACCUGGAAGCACUGGUGAUGGAAGCCUUGUCUAGCUUCUCAGUGCCAGAGGUCGUCAGAUUUGCCAAAUUAAAAGAGGGCUUGACCAUCGUUGAGCUCUUCCAUGGCAACACGCUGGCCUUCAAGGACCUGGCUAUGACCUGCACAGUGCGCUUCCUCGACUACUUUCUCCAAAAACAGAAACGCAGAGCUGUUGUUGUCGUAGGGACAUCGGGGGACACCGGCGGCUCAGCCAUCCAGAGUGCUAAAGGGCUGGCCCAGGUGGACCUGGUGGUGGUGUACCCCAGAGGACGCGUCACCCCUGUCCAGGAGAAGCACAUGACCACCUGCUUACAGGACAACAUCCACGUGUUCUCAGCGGACGGGACCUCAGACGAUAUUGACAAUCCAAUACGCCGUCUGUUUGCCGACCAUGAACUGGUCAAAGCCCACGGCCUCAUGAGCCUAAACUCGGUCAACUGGUCCCGGAUCAUGAUACAGCUGGCCCACUUCAUCUACGCCUACCUGCACAUGAGUGGCCUGGAGGGGGCCAGCGCUGACGCCCCUCUGCCCCCCCUCGAGGUGGUCGUCCCGACAGGAGGAGCGGGCAAUAUCGCCGCCGGAUGUAUCGUGAAGCAGAUGGGCGUGCCCCUGCAGCUUGUUGCCAUGGUGAACAGCAAUGACAUCGUGCGGCGGACAGUGCAGAGCGGGGACUUCUCCAUGGCGGCUGUUGUUAAACAAACUCUGGCCCCUGCCAUUGACAUUCAGGACCCCUACAACAUGGAGCGGGUGUUCUGGCUGCUGUCGGGGAGAGAUGGCGCCCUAGUGAAGGGUAUUAUGGAGGACUUCCAGAGCUCGCAUCGGCACACGCUGCCACAACAGCUCCACACAGUGCUGUCCCAGGCUGUGUCUGCAGGGACCGUGACGGAUGAGGGGAUCCUGGAGAGCAUGAGGAGGUGCUGGGAGGACAACCAGUACCUACUGUGUCCACACACCGCGGUGGCGGUCUGGCACCACUAUCACACACCUCCCAGUGCUCAACUCAACAGGUGUUACCUAGCAACAGCGUCUCCAGCUAAGUUCCAGUCUGCGGUUCAGAGGGCAGGGCUGACCCUUGACCUGCCUGAAUCUCUGUCCUCGCUGGAUAAGAUGGCCACCCGCUGCGAGGGCCUGGAGAAAAGCCAGACCUGGAGCAAACACUGGGAGGACAAACUAAGAGAGAAAAUCCAGUCGAUAAGCUCUGCUAGGGAACGCAACGUGACCUACUACACCUAAACCUUCAUCUAUUUAGAGAUCAACUUCUUUAACGUUAAAUUCACGUUACCUUAAUUAAACAUUGCAUUUUGAGAUCAACUCAAAAUUUAUGUUAGGAACAUUGGAUUAAGGGAGUGUAAUAAUUAGUUAUGUAAUUACACAGUAUUUCUUUUUUUUAUGAAUUGGGGAAUGUGCUCCUGACUCAUACUGUUAGGAGAGACAAAACGGCUUUUGUCCUAUUUCCUUUUCUAUUGAUUGCCAUGGACUUUGGUCUCAUGCAUGCAACGUCAAAUGUUGAAUGACUCAU